AUGAAAAAUACUAAAACUAACUCCGACGAAAUUAAGGAAUUUGAAAAUGCAAUUCCGUUUAAAAACAGGGACUCAUAUCCGUCAGGGAAAAUAUUAGAAGAAGAAGAUAAGGACUCAAAGGUACCGAACGAUAUCACGUUGGAACACCAUCAGGACGAAGUUCUAUCUGAUCACGGGGGUUUAGACCUGAAUCAAGGCAUUAUUUCCAAAAAUACUCUGAAAAAACAGGUGAAGCCAUUGGUGGAGUACGAUUUAAGUAACAUUUCCGAAGACACCACUUUAGAAGCGCACUAUCUUUUAGGCGUAUCUGAUCAUACAAGUAUAACAUCUUCGAAAAAGAAUCAUAAAGAGUUCACAACAACCAGUAAGAAACCAUUGGUGGAAUACGAAAUCAGCAAUCCACUAAAUUUUAGUAGGUUAUCAGAGGAUAUCAGUUGGGAACAACGAUCAAAUGUGAUUCAAUCUAAUUUGGAGGCCGGUGAGAAUCUGGACAAGGAAGCCGAUACUACCCCAAUUGAUAAUUUAGAACCUGAGAUCAGUAAGGUAGCAACUCAAGUUCAAACCACACAAUAUAUCAAAAGUAACUCUCAAGAUUCUAUUGGAAAUGAUAAAUUUGUGCUGCAGAAAGAUGAAGUUAGAUUGACACAAAACCACAUUAGAUCUGCUGUAAAACUCAAGGAUGGUAAAGUACUUGGCGAGCAUAAUGAUAUGCCAAAUAAUUUGACAAAAUUGGAGGAAAACACCGAUAAUAACACGGUAGAGGAAGACGAAGAUAAUCUUCUGGAGUCCGGGGAGUUAUCCGAGGAUACCACUUCCGAGGCUCAAAUUGGUCCAAUUGUAGCUGCCGAAAAGGUGUCAGAUCUAGAAGAUGGGGAAGUAUUUUGUGAUGAAGAGGAUGUUCCAAUUAAUCUGCCACUAGAAGAGAAAAGUGGUAUGCCGAUCUGUCGUUAUCACAUCCGUAAAACCUGUUUUUAUGGAAGCAAAUGUCGGUUCCGUCAUCCCGAGCCCUCCGACAAGGGUAACUAUGUGAUGUUCGAAAAGAAGGUCCUGCCAGUGGCUACUGCACCGAUUCCCCCAGUUUGGCCAGGGGUCUUCGAGCCCUUUGCGGACGGCUACAAAAUGCCUGUAACAAGUAACAUAUCUUGGCAGCCAAGAAGUCCUUUGCCUUCACCGCAUGGCCUGAACGACAUGGACGUCGAUCCCUAUUACGUGCAAGAACAGCCGGAGGUUAAGGAGCGCGUUCCUCUGCUGCCAACCCCAACAUUCGAAGAGCUGUUAUAUAACUAUCAGGAACCAAGACCGAUAACGUGGAAAAGACGACUGGACAGCAACUCGCAUUCCACAACGCCGCAGGAGUCGCCGUUGAGUAACAGUUCCAUUGAGGAUUCACCACCCAGGAGCUACAAUCGUAGUCGUUCGCAUAUCCGGGAAAGAAGGGCCUCUCCUUGUUCGAUCCGCAAACCCUACGCCAAACGUCACCAUUCACCAAGUCCUCCAUGGCAUUGCGCCACCAGGAAUCGCGGACCCCGAACUCCAUCUCGCAGUCCUGAAAGGCUUGUCUCAAUCAUCAGGCAACCAGAACCAAAGCGAGCUCGUUUCAGCCCAAGUUCUUCAAGCUCUAGUGACUCCUACGACUCAUCCAGCUAUCAAUCCAGCACGGAAAGCUCCGACGAAUACUCCUCCUCCUCCUCGGAAUCUGAUGCCAGCUAUAGGAAAACUGGAAAUACAAGUAAAUUCUCAUCGAGAACCCCGGCUAAAACGACAUCAAGAAAUAUUGGAAGAACAUCAACGCCCUCAUCGAAAUGUCUUGAAACACCAUCCUCUUCCAAAUCUGCAAAUCGAAAACAAACGGACACACGACCUUCCUCAAAGUCGUCGAUGAGAACUCCAGCCAGGAAUCCCCCAAAAGUGAAUCCGAAUGCCCCAAGGAAACCUAACAAGCCAGAAAGUUCAUACAGUGUUCAGAAGAAACAAUCUCGCCAGGAAUAUUUGCUAAUGGAACUUCUGCGCGUGGAGAAACAAAUUGCCAGAAAGGAAAAGUACCUCAAGGAUCUCAAAGGCAAAUAAUAUGAGUUUGGAACGUAAUUAUAUAACAUGUUACUUCUCCUUAUAAUAAUUAAUUUUUUUUAACUUCUCAUUUUCUUAUCUUGUAACAACCCAUUUAAAGUAAAUUUAAUUAGUAUUACUAAUUGGAAGUCAAA